GUCAUCAACCUGCGCCCGCGGCCCCGGCUCUCCACGUGGACUCCGUGGCAUCAUGGCGGGAGCCGAGGCCCCCCAGCCGCAGAAGCGCUAUUACCGGCAGCGCGCGCACUCCAACCCCAUGGCGGACCACACGCUGUGCUACCCUGUGAAGCCAGAGGAGAUGGACUGGUCUGAGCUUUACCCAGAGUUCUUUGCUCCGCUAACUCAAAAUAAGAGCCAUGAUGAUCCAAAGGAUAAGAAAGACCAGCAGUCCGGGACCCAAGUGGAGUUUGCAGACAUAGGCUGUGGCUAUGGCGGUUUGUUAGUGGCGCUGUCACCGCUCUUCCCAAACACCCUGAUCCUGGGUCUGGAGAUCCGGGUAAAGGUGUCAGACUACGUGCAAGACAGGAUUCGGGCUCUCCGUGCGAAUCCCGGAGGUGGAUUCCAGAACAUCGCCUGUCUGCGCAGUAAUGCCAUGAAGCACCUUCCCAACUUCUUCCGAAAGGGCCAGCUGAAGAAGAUGUUCUUCCUCUUCCCCGACCCGCAUUUUAAGCGAACAAAGCAUAAAUGGCGAAUCAUCAGCACCACGCUCCUAGCGGAAUAUGCCUACGUGCUGCGAGUUGGGGGCCUGGUGUACACCGUCACCGAUGUGCUGGAACUGCACCAGUGGAUGUGUGCCCAUUUCGAAGAGCACCCACUGUUUGAGCGUGUGUCUCUGGAAGAGCUAAGUGAAGAUCCCAUCGUGGAACAUCUAGGCACGUCAACUGAGGAAGGAAAGAAAGUUCUACGCAAUGGAGGAAAGAAUUUCCCAGCCAUCUUCCGAAGAGUACAGGACCCCAUCCUCCAGGGGGUGACCCCCAACCCCACGCUGCCUGACCACUGACUUCUUACCCUGCCUUAGCUGGACUCGCUCUACUAGUGACUGGAAGAAAGAUCAGCUCCCCAUUCCAGGCCUUCCGAGACUGGUGGGGCAGAGGCCACGAUCUCUCUCUGAGACAGUGCAGCCUGCCUUCUUACCCGUCACUGACUUACUGCUUUCUUGCCCCUCCACUGUCAGAAGAAAGCAAAAGAAGCUGACUGAGAAGGUCAGAGGACCUUGGACCAGAGGGUAUAUUUGGAGGGGUGUGGGGAUUUGUUCUCCCUCAGCAGCCGGAGUGAAGAGUGCAGUGACCCACUGCCUAAGCUCUGGGUUUGGCUCGGUUCCCCCCCCCCCAGUUAUGUUUACUUUACAGUCAUGGGGAUAAUGUGUGUGCCCACGUGCCCACGCUGCUCUUCCCAGGAAGGCGAGUGUGUAUCACAUGCCUCCUCCCAUCUUCUCCCUGUGUACGAUCUGACCUGGACCAUCUGGGCUGCCACCAUUGUACCUGACCCUGUAGUGCUGAGGGCAAGAGGGCAGACACCCUUGCCUUUACCAUGUUGACCUUUGAUUCCAGAAUCUCCAAGCUGACUGACUGGCAUAGUGCUUGAUGGGGAAGGGGAGGGAGGGAGGAGGGGGAAAGGCAAAGGAGCAGGGAGCUAAACUGCAGUAUUGUUUUUUAAUUAUUUUUAUUUUAUGAGUAUUUGCCUCCGUAUGGGUAUGUGCUCCACACUCGUACCUGAGCCCUUGGAGGCCAGAAAAGGGAAUUGGUUCCCUGGAACUGGAGUUACAGAUGGUUGUGAGCUGCCAUGUGGGUGCUGGGAACCAAACCCUGCUCCUCUGUAAGAGCAGCCAGUGCUCUUAACCACUGAGCCAUCUCUCCAGCCCUUGAACUGGAGGAUUCUGUGGCUCAAAGCAGUAAGUGGCUGCUGACCACAAAGGUACCCAAAAGAGGUUGAGUCAGCUUGGGGUUCAGAGUGUGUGCUUGACCUUCAUUCUGUCCAAAGACAGAAUCUCCAAACUUACAUACUUUGCAAAAAAGUAAAAACAAAAAAACCUC